GGAAGUUUUGCAUGUCAUCCUCAGUGAAAGCAGAGUCAACAGUAGGCUCAGUCAGACUGUACCGAGUAACGUUAGCAGCCGGAGGAGUAGGAUUUAUAUAGGCGGGUUUUUACAUCAGCUACACGUUUUACAGCGAGCUAAAGAGAUGGCGCUCUCUGGCUGGGUGUGUGUGGUGACCGGUGCUUCUCGGGGGAUUGGAAAAGGAAUAGCAUUACAGCUUUCUGAAGCUGGAGCUACAGUCUACAUCACGGGCAGACAGAAGAAGACCCUGGAGCAGACUGCAGCUGAGGUGAGUGAGAGAGGGGGUCGGUGUCUGCCAGUGAUCUGUGACUCGACGAAAGAUGACGACAUACAGGAGCUGUUUGAAAGAAUUAAAAGUGAGCAAAAUGGAAGACUGGACAUCCUGGUGAACAAUGCGUACGGUGGAGUGCAGCAAAUUUUUGACAACAUGGGGAAGAAAUUCUGGGAGAUGGAUCCUUCUGUUUGGGAUGACAUUAACAACAGUGGUCUCAGGGGGCACUAUUUCUGCAGUGUCUAUGCUGCCCGCAUGAUGGUCGAUCAGGGCAAGGGCCUUAUUGUUACCAUAUCCUCCAUGGGUGGCUUAAGUUACCUCUUCAACGUGCCCUACGGGAUUGGCAAAGCUGCAUGUGACAGACUGGCUGCAGACACUGCGGUGGAGCUGAAGAAACGAGGGGUGGCCUCUGUGAGUCUCUGGCCGGGUGCAGUGCAGACAGAGCUUGUUUCCCAGAACAUCAUAGAGAAAGAAAAUGUUUCAGGCUUAUACCCAAAUUGGAAGAAAAUGUUCAGUCAAGCUGAGACGACAGAGCUGAGCGGAAGAUGCAUUGUUGAACUGGCCAAAGACAAAAAUCUGAUGUCUCUCACGGGGAAAGUCCUGCUGACAUGUGAUCUUGCGAGACGAUAUGGAAUACAAGAUGUUGAUGGUCGUGACAUCAUAGAUUAUACCUCUCUGAAGUUCCUCCUCACUCAGUCUCCAUACAUGUCCUGGCUCUCCGUCAUCACGCCUUCAUUUAUCAGAGUGCCACGGUUUGUCUUCAGCUUGGCCGCCAGCAAGUUCUGAUCAGCAUGAAGAGGCUCAGAUUUAAACCGUUAUUAAUGAAGGAAACAGUCAUAACAGGCACAUAUCACAUGUUUGUAUGUUAACGGCGUUUACAUAACCAGCAAAUUCAUAUAAGACACUAUGCUACGAGUAACUACUUUCUGAUAUAUCAGUAAAAUAGACACAAUGCAUUUUGUAUCAUUUCAGUACACAUUUAAAGGAUCCACAAUAAACUUUAUUACAUAUGUUAAUCAUUUACAUGAUUACUAGGGUUAUAAACAGUAUUUGCACUGUAGGUCCAUAGAUUUUAUUAUAUUAUAUUCAUAGAAUAUUCUAUGCAAAAGAGAGAAUCCAGAGAAAGUACAUUUGUUUUUUCCAUGAAUGUAAUUUCCAUAGAUACAUAUAUAUUUCUCUUGUUGGACCAUUUUCUUUUCUUUCUUGCUUUAAACAUUUUUUAAUUCAACUAUUGCUGAUUUACAUAUCCUACUGAGAUUCAAUUUUAUUAAAAACAAUUUUUAAAUGGA